CAGCGUGGCCGUGGCUUACAACAGUGUGCUUGCCAUUCUCGUCAGUAGAAAGUUACUUACAUGCCCCCAGCUGAUUAAAGAAGCGGGAUUUUUAAACAUCGGAGCUGGGGAAGGAAGCGAGAUUCAUAAAUUCAGGCAGCUGGGCAUGAAACACCUGCCGGGGACAUGUUUCACCACCAAGAACAUUUCCAUCCAAGUCUCACAGGACGGCAGAGAGUGUUUUGUUGAUCCAAGAAACAUCGAGGCGGAACUGACAGCCACUUCGAGUCCUGCAGAGUGUCUGACUAUACUUCCUCCAUCUUCCUCAAGCCACAUCGAUCCUGUGGAUUGUGGGACUGAAGAGAAAAGUGAAGAGUUGAGGCGCUCCCCUGACUCAAGCGGACUUUGCAGUAUUGUUAUCCCUUCCACGCCUGACGCGACCAAAGAUGCAGAGGGUAGCAAGAUGACGCAGGCCAAGGCGGAGACAGCGGGGGGAGGGGCCAAUGGUGCCGGUGUGGGGGCCAUGGACACACGCCGAGCCCUUCUCUGCCUGGUGGCCAUCUUCCUGGUGUCCCUCAGUGCCCUCACCUUUGUGUACAAGAACUUCCCACACCUGGAGGAGGAUGAGUACCAACACAUGAAGCUGCCAAGGGACAUAGAGGACGCCAAGAGUCUGGGCCGAGUGCUGUCCCACUACAAGGAGCGCUACUUCUCUGAAGUGUUGGCGGGAGUCUUUGUCACCUAUAUAUUCUUGCAGACCUUUGCAGUGCCAGGGUCUAUCUUCUUGUCCAUCCUCUCAGGGUUCCUCUUCCGGUGGGAGUUAGCGCUGCUCCUGAUCUGCUUCUGCUCAGCCACAGGAGCCUCAUUUUGUUACCUGCUGUCCUAUCUGGCCGGCAGACCCAUCGUCCUUAAGUACCUGCCUGAACGUACAAAAUCCUGGCAAGAGAAGGUGGAUAAGCAGAGAGACAAUCUGCUGUUCUACAUCAUCUUCCUGCGCAUCACUCCUUUCCUUCCCAACUGGUUCAUCAACAUCACAAGUCCCAUCAUCAACGUGCCGCUCUGGCCUUUCUGGUUCGGCACAUUCAUUGGUGUGGCUCCUCCAAGCAUACUGGCAGUGCAAGCAGGCACCACCCUCUAUCAGCUGACUUCCUCAAGUGAUGCCUUCUCCCUAACAUCUGUUGUCUUGUUAGCAUUAGCAGCCAUCCUGUCCCUUGUCCCAAUUAUUCUAAAGAAUCGUCUGCGGGAGAAGUUUGACUAGGAGCAGCUGCCUUCCAUGGGCCAGAGAGGGAGACAGUGUGGUGGGGCUGGGUGGCGGAGGAAGAGGAGGGUGAGGAGAGGCGUGGUGAUCCUCUUCAAGAAAGCAAGUACUGAAGAGGAAGUUGGAGAAGAGGAGGAGGAGGAGGGGAAGGAGGAAAUUGGAGAAGAGGAGAGGGAAGCAGUGGAGGACAAGGAGGAGGAGGAGGAGGAGGAGGAGGAAGUAGGAUGCUGGGGGAAAGUACAGUCUCCUGUCUCCCCAAAUGCCCGGCGUGCAUCAGUGACUGAGAUUCCCUUUGAAAUCGUCAUCAUUGCUCACACGGGGCACUGAACUGUCCUUGCAAUGAGCCAGAACGUCCCUCACAUCCCUCCCUCUUCUUGCAAGUGGCUGGGUGCAACAAGAACCUGUUGACCCAGUGCUCCCUGUUGUGAUUGCGGUGUCCUGUUUCUGGCGACAGAGACAAAUGACACAUGCGCUCUUUAUCAUUCCCUGAGUGGUGUGCUCCCUUGAUCCUCCGGUUGGUGGUGGUGGGGGUUGUGGUGUCAUUCCAUGGGAGGUGUGGAGCAGGUGUGUUGUAUGAGAGGGCUGGCUGAUCACUGGCUGGUUCAGGAAGGGUAAUCUAGACAGGAAACAGAGCUCACCCUCUUGUGGUCUCAUGGUAGGUGGAUAAUCUGAUGCCUUGAAUAGGUGUACUACUGAGUGUGUAUCUGUGUGUGUUAGUGAGUGUGUGUGUGUGUGAGAGAGAGAGAGUGGUAGCAGAGUGUAUAAAACCAACAAAACUACUAAUUUAACAAGAGCCAGUUCAUGUCCUUGUCUGACAGAAGGCAUUGUGGAGUCUAUGCUUGUUUUUUAUUAAGGCUAUCAGUAGAGAAGGAGAAGUCUAAAAACUAUUGUAAGGUAGAGGGUGUCAUGCCCUAGUUGUAUAGUUAAGCAGGACAGGCUUGGUAUAAGAUGUUGGAUAUUGCAGUUAGUUUUUUCCAUCCUUGCCAGACCUUUACAUCUGUGCUGGUGGGAACGCUUGAGCUGAUGUGAAUGCCAGUCAUGGAGAACAAACCAAAGAAAGCACCACCUUUGGUGCCCAUCCACUGCAAGUGGUGGAUGGGGAGUGUGUGGUGCUUGUCUGCAUGCCUUUGGUUCUUUGUCAUUGCUGGUUUUUGGUUGAGAAUUCAGAGAGGUGGGCAGAUACACACCGCCUGACCAGAACCACUGUCUGUGAUGUCUUCAAACUCCAUGUAUUUUAAACCCUGUAUGAGUGAAGUGACGUGCAUGCGCCUGGUAGUGGACUGCCAGCUGACCUCCUUGCUGUUGUACUGUAGGGAAGGCAGCAGGCAGACAACCCCCAAGGCUGCAGGAGAUGACACAAUGAACUAAGUGUUGAAUGAAGAUCUUCAAUGUACAAUUGUAAUUCUAUUUCCUACAGCAUCACCAUGUGGUGAUUGCUGUUACUGCUGCUGCUGCUGCUGCUGCUGUGUUCAAGGGUACUCUACUGACCUCAAUAAAGACUUGUUGACCUGUA